AUGCCUGAAGAACUGGAUUUCAAGAAUUCUCUUCAGCUGUUAAGUUUGCAUGCCUUUAGAAGGAGCGAACCUCCUGAAGAUUAUAAGAAGCUUUCACAUGAAGUCGUACGCCAUGUUGGAGGGUUAUCACUGGCUCUGGAAUGGUUGGGUUCUUUUCUAGUUGGAAAAAACGAAGAAGAAUGGGAAGAUACAUUAGAAAGAUUGAAAAAUAUUCACGAUGACAAGAAGUCUGGAAAGUCAAUCAAAAGCUAUGAUGACAAGGUCUUUCGAAAGUUGAUGAUAAGUUAUGAAAAACUAGGUGAUUCUGAGAAAACCAUAUUUCUUGAUGUUGCAUGCCAUUUCAUUGGACGGGAAGUAGAAGAAGCAAUUUCCAUAUGGAAAGCCUGCAAGUUGAGUCCAAGAUUAGCAAUAAAAGAACUCAUUCAAAAGCACCUAUUAAAGUUUGUUAAGUCUUGUGAUCAAAAGGAAUUGAGAAUGCACGAUUUACUUCAAGAUAUGGGAAGGAGAAUCGUUAUGGAAUACAGGUCUGGGGACCCCUCCAAACGUUGUAGGUUGUGGUAUGAUGAUGAGAUCUUUAAGCGGUUCCAAAAGUUGAAGGUUCUUAGUCUCAAUUACUGUUGGCAUCUCUCUAAAUCUCCCGACUUCUCAUGGUUUCCGCGCUUACAAAGAUUGGAUCUCAGGGGUUGCAGUCUACUUUUGAAACUACCAGAUUUAUCAAAGCUGAAAAGAUUGAGGCAAUUAGACAUCAGUGAAUGUGAAAAUCUGGAGGAAAUUCAUGGCCUCAAUGGAACAAAAUCCUUGGAAGAAUUGAAUGCUUCAAGUUGCGAAAAAUUAAAGGAGUUAUCAGAUUUAUCAAAUCUAAAAAGAUUGAGGGAAUUAAACAUUAGAGGUUGUGUAUAUCUAAAGGAAAUUCAUGGCCUCGAAGGAAUAGAAUCCUCGGAAGAGUUGAAUGCUUCGAAUUGCAAAUCCUUAAAGGAGUUAUCAGAUUUGUCAAAACUGGAAAGAUUGAAGGAAUUAAACAUUAGUGGUUGUGAAUAUAUAUAA